AUGAAAAUAUUUUUGUAUAACACAACUGUUUCACAAAUUCUAAAUAUUUUGUGUGGUUUUUUCUUGCAGUACCGGUAAGAGUUUUUGUGUUCCCAAAGAUUGAUUUUGGGAGAUUUCUGUAGAUCACUUCCAAGUUCUUCAACUUUGGCUAUUUUAGCGAAUGGACCUUGCACUUUUUUCGGUCCAAAUGUUUGUUUUUCAGCAUAUCACAUUUUUGUAGUAAGUUUGUUCUCUUUUUCAAAGUUUUAAAAAUUAUCUAUUUAUUUUCAGGGCAUAAGUUCGAGUGUUGCAAUGAGUACAUCUACUACUAUUUUGUUCCGAUAUUUUUUACUGAAAAACUAUAGAUUGAGUAGAAUUUUCAUUAUCGAAAUGAUUUUUAUAUCACAUCUUCCGCCGCUUGUAGCUACAGUAUUUUUUCUUUGGAGUUAUUUUUUAUACUCAAAUUUGUUUCAGAUAAUUCCAUUCACGGCAUCUUGGAACUUUGAAAUAGUUAGAAAUCAAGCAUAUCAAGAACAUUCCACUUAUGAUUUGUCAAUUUAUGAACCAUUUUGUGGUUUUCAAAAUACUCAAUCAUUUUCUUUUAUUUUUGCAACAUUUUUAAUUGCAUCAGGUGCUUAUAUUGUUCCAAUUUGUGCGUGUAUUUUUGUUCGAAAAAUCGUUUUAUUAAUAAAUGAACAUACAAAAAUGUCACAAAACACCAAAAAAGUUUCUCGAACUUUGGUCAAAGGAUUAGCUUGUCAAACUUUAUUGCCAUUAAUUUGUUAUAUUCCAAUCAUAUCAUUAUAUUUAGCUGCUCAAAUUAGUGGAAAAGAAAUAUUAUUAGCAGGUGAGUUCAAAUUUAUUUUAAGAAGGGGUUGAGAUAAGAAAAAACCAAUUUAACCUUUUUUAAAAUAGUAUAACUGUGGAGAGAAUUUUCUAAAAACAUUUCUAAAACCCCAGAAAAAAAUUCCAAAUUUUUGAAAUUUAUUUCUUCUGGUAAAACAUCCUUUUUAGGGAUGCUCUUUCUAUUUUAAACUGUUUUUUGAAAUUCAUCCCACACCUCCUUGAUUUUCAAAAAUAAUAAGUUUUUUUCAGAACAUCUGUUGGGAAUUCUAACAUGUUUUCCUGCAUUGAUUGAUCCAUUUAUAUCAUUUUAUUUUAUUGUUCCAUAUCGAAUUGCAAUUGUUCGGUUUGUAACUUGCAACAAAAUAAUAAGUUCAUCCUCAGUUAUUCCUGUUUCUUCUAAUUUUUCAGUUUCAAAUCGUCGAUCCUUUCAUUCUCAUUUUUAGUUUUUUUUUCUGUUUUUUAUUGUCAUGAAUUUGGUUUUUUUUAGUUGUGUUGCAUGUUUUUCUAUUCAAAAAAUUUCAAACUUAAAGACAUCGUUUGGCUGCAAGAUUUUUAUAA